GUGUUCUUAACUCUCCUCUCGCCGUUCUUCCCUAACGAAAUAUUUGUUAAGUCAUUUCUUAGCAACAGAAACCUACAUUAAAGGUUUCUCGGUCUCUUUCUCGUUCACUACUGAAGAUUUGUGUUUCUGUUUUCAAAAAUUAAUCACUUAAUUUUGUUCUUGAUAUACCAAUAACUAUGGGCACUUCCAGAUAUGAUCGAGCCAUCACAGUCUUUUCUCCCGAUGGUCAUUUAUUCCAGGUGGAAUAUGCCCAAGAAGCCGUCAAGAAAGGCUCAACAGCAGUUGGAGUGUGUGGGAAAGAAAUAGUUGUGUUGGCAGUUGAGAAAAAAUCAGUUGCGAAGCUCCAGGAGGAAAGGACAAUGCGAAAAAUUUGCCUCUUGGAUGACCAUGUAGUGAUGGCUUUUGCCGGCUUGACAGCUGAUGCUCGAAUUUUGAUAGAUCGAGCGAGAGUGGAGUGUCAAAGUCAUAAGUUGACUGUUGAAGAUCCGGUCACUUUAGAGUAUAUCACUCGAUAUAUCGCGCAGCUUAAGCAGCGUUACACGCAAAGUAACGGCCGUAGGCCCUUUGGAAUAUCGGCAUUGAUUGCUGGGUUCGACUAUGAUGGUACCCCUCAUCUCUUCCAGACGGAUCCGUCAGGUGUCUACCAUGAAUGGAAGGCUAAUGCAACAGGCCGUAGUGCUAAGACAGUUCGGGAAUAUUUGGAGAAGAAUUUCUCCGAAGAAAUUAUCUCGGAAGAUGAAUCGACCAUAAAGUUUGCUAUUAAAGCCCUGCUGGAAGUCGUGCAAGGGAAGAAUUUGGAAGUAGCUGUGAUGAAGAAGAAUCAGUCCCUCCGUAUGCUGGAUGCUAAUCAAGUGAGUGCCUAUGUCGCUGCAAUUGAGAAAGAGAAAGAAGAGGAAGCUGAAAAGAAAAAACAAAAAAAAUAGUAUGUUUCUUGUUCACUUAUUGUUGGAGGAUAAAGUUAAACCUAAGAUAUAAUUGACUUUGCAAAGAGUCGAUGUGUAUUCAACUUUUUCUAAUUUCAGGUUUUCAUAAUAAAACUAAUUUAAAUUUUUA